CAACAACAACAGAGGUAACCGCAAAUAAUUAACAUAUUAACACAUGUUUAUUGACUAGUUAUUAUGUAUGCAGAUAUUACUAGAUUAGUGGACCUGGCUAAAACUUUCUAAGCUGAAUUAUCUUAAUUUUACAAGUGAUUGUGAAACAUGCGAUAUUUGUGUGGAAGUAAAUGAGAAGUGACCGGAUUUGUCUGGUUCAAAAUACGUGUCCAGGGUGGCCGUAGUGUCUUGAUAAUGCAAUGUUCUUUGUACAUGGUAAAAUUGCAAGAACAAAUUGCCAAUUACAAUUAAUUGGUCAAUAACAGAAUGUAACAGUUGAUUUCACUUUUUUGUAAAGAUUUGGCUGGUUUUUAAAGAGAGCAUGUAAUCCAAUGCAAACAAUGCAAAAUAAACACUAUGCUGUGAUCUAAAGGGAUUGCGUCAUCAGCAGACAUAAAAGGUAGUCACCCUGAUAUAUUGAUACAUAUACAAACCUAUGUGUUGAUCAAGAUGGGAACACUGAAAUGUAAUUAUCAAGUGAUGUUGACCCCACCUUCCAGAUAAUGUUGUGACUGUGACACUGUUUAUUGAGAGAUGUGGACAAAUGUGAACCUCUGUGGCAAAAGAGAGAUUUCAGCAUCUAAUCAGAGCAAAUGUGAAGACACAAUGACAUCCCUUGAUACAAAAUUCAAGAAGCAGUUCUGGUGCGACACCUGUGGAUGUGGUCUGCAGGACCUAAUUAGUUUGAAACAGCAUGUUGCGGAGCACAUUGUUGAUUCCAUUGCAAACAAAAAUGUAACCUAUGCCAGCCAUACUUCACAUCCAGGCCUUUUGAAUAACCAGGAACCUGUAACUGAUGGAGAUCGGACGAUUAAAGUAGAAGACACUACACUAGACAAAAAUGAUGCCUAUCCCAGUAAGACUUCAGAUGCAGGCCAGCAACCUGUAACUGAUGGAGAUGUGAAGAUAAAAUUAGAAGACAUCCCACAAGCAGCUACGGACUGUCAAGGGACUGCUGUUGGUCCAUAUAUGUCCACAGCAUGCGGGGCAGAAUUCUCAGCAUUGCAGGAGUACACAUUACACCAACAUGUACAAAGUGAAAUAGGCAUUACAUCUCAAAAUGAAAACUCGCUUCAAGUAAACCAGGAUAUGCUGAAAUGUGAUUUAAAUAUGAACAGCGGGAUGAGCACAGGAGAGAGAUCGCAUCACUGCAGUGUGUGUGGAAAGGACUUUGUUACAGCCGCUAAUCUCUCCGGGCAUAUGCGAAUUCACAUGGGAGAGGAGUCACACAUAUGCAGCACAUGUGGAAAGGUAUUUGUCAACAGUUACAAACUGAAGGUUCACAUAAGGUCUCAUACAGGAGAGCGGCCACACACAUGCAGCGUAUGCGGCAAAAGCUUUGCAUUGAAAUCAAUUCUUAAGGUUCAUAUGAGGUGCCACUCUGGGGAAAAACCUUACAAAUGUUCCAUGUGCGGGAUGGAGUUUAGCCAAAAAGGAAAUCUGGAUAGACAUAUACGGAGCCACAAUAACGAGCGCAGAUACGAGUGUGUUGUCUGUAAGAAGAAGUUUUCUAAGUUCGUAUCAUUAAAGGCCCACAACAACCGCUGCCAUCCUAGUGAGCAGAGGAUUCCUAACUGUCAAGUGACUGCUGGGGGUCUGUUCACUUGCACAGUAUGCAGGGUGGAGUUCUCAGAGUUUCGGGAGUUCAAUGAACACCAGCAUAUACACAAUGGAAUACACAUUACAUCUUCAAAUGACAAUCUUCAAGAUAACAAGGGGUUUAUUCGGUCAAGCAACCUAACUAAUCAUGUGAGGAUUGGCAGUCGAGGGCGACUGCAUCUCUGCAGCAUGUGUGGACAGGGCUUUUUUUCAAGCUCUUACCUUACUAACCAUAUGAGAAGUCACACGGGAGAUUGGCCAUAUAGUUGCUGCAUUUGUGGAAAGGGCUUUCUCACCAGAUACAAUACUAAUUUGCACAUGAGGUUGCACACAGGAGAGCGGCCAUACAGUUGCAGCAUUUGUGGGAAAGACUUUGUCAUUAAAUUCAAACUGAAGGAGCACAUGUGUACACAUACAGGAAGCUGGCCACACAAUUGCAGUGUGUGUGGAAAGGGCUUUUUCUUUAGCUGCUACCUUACUAAACAUAUGAAAAUUCACUCAGGAGAGCGACCACAUACUUGCAGAGUGUGCGAAAAGAGCUUUAUUACCAGAUACAAGCUGACUGCGCACAUGUGGUGUCAUGGAGGAGACCGGCCUCACAGUCGCAGCAUUGAUGGAAAGGGUUUUGUCACUGCCUCAGACCAAACAGAGCAUAUGAAGAUUCACAAGGGAGAGGGGCAACUCGGUUGCAGCGAGUGUGGGAAGGUAUUGGCCUCCAGAUCACAACUGGAGAAGCACAUAUGGGGGCAUACAGUAGAGCGGCGGCACAAAUGCACUGUGUGUGAUAAAAGCUUUUCAAUUGCUCAUGUCCUGAGAAAGCACAUGAUGUGCCACACAGGUGAAAAACCUUUCCAAUGUUCCAUAUGCAGCAAGAAGUUUGGCCAGAAAUGCAAUCUGGAUAGACAUAUACGGAGCCACAAUAAAGAGCGCAGAUAUGGAUGUGUUGUUUGCGAGAAGAAAUUUGCAAAGUCCGUAUCAUUAAAUGCCCACAUCAGUCGCUUUCAUCCCAGCGAACAAAGGUCUCCUGACUGUAAAGAGACUUCAGGAAGUCGAUACACAUGUUCUGUAUGCGGGGCAGAGUUCUUAGAAUUAAAGGAGUUCAGAAGACACAGAGAUUUACACAGUGGAACAGGCAUUGCAUCUCAAAAUGAAAACUGGCCUUCAGUCAACCCGGAUGUACUGACAUGUGAGUUGAACAGGAACAGCGGUAUUCAAACAGGCAACAAUGGGCCGCAUCUCUGCAGCGUAUGUGGAAAGAAAUUUGUUAAAGGCUCCCAUCUCACUAAGCAUAUGAAGAUUCAUAUGGUAGAGCGGCCACACAGAUGCAGCGUGUGUGGGAAGGACUUUGUUUUCUCUUACGAUCUUACUAAGCAUAUGAGAAUUCACACAGGGGAACGGCCGUUCCUUUGUAGCGUGUGUGGAAAGGGUUUUAGCUACGGCUCCGACCUAAAAAAGCAUCUGAAGACUCACACGGGAGAGCGGCCUCACAGUUGCAGCGUGUGUGGAAAGGGAUUUGCCACCGUAUCCCAACUCAAGUUGCACAUGAGAUACCAUACAGGAGAGCGGCCAUACACAUGCAGUGUGUGUGACAAAAACUUUCCAAGUGCAUCAGUCCUUAGGAUGCACAUGAGGAGGCAUACAGGUGAAAAACCUUUUAAAUGUGCCAUGUGCGGGAAGGAGUUCUGCCAAAAAGGAAAUCUGGAUAGGCAUAUAGGGAGCCACAAUAACGAGCGCAAAUAUGAGUGCCCUGUGUGCAAGAAGAAAUAUGCUAAAGCAGUGUCAUUAAAGGCUCAUAACAAUCGAUAUCACCCUGGUGAACAGAAUAAGUACCAAACAGGAGAGCGGCCAUACACAUGCAGCGUGUGUGACAAAAACUUUUCAAAUGCAUCAGUCCUGAGGGUGCACAUGAGGCGCCAUUCAGGUGAAAAACCUUUUAAAUGUGCCAUGUGUGGGAAGGAGUUCUGCCAAAAAGGAAAUCUGGAUAGGCAUAUAGGGAGCCACAAUAACGAGCGCAAAUAUGAGUGCCUUGUGUGCAAGAAGAAAUAUGCUAAAGCAGUGUCAUUAAAGGCUCAUAACAACCGAUAUCACCCUGGUGAACAGAAUAAGUAACGCGAGUUUUGCACAAUUUAAUAUAAAAUGUUUCACAACAAAAGAUUCAUGCACAGAGCUUUGCAUAUAUCAGUCUUUGAAGAUCGUGCCGUUUGCUGAUCAUGAGUUAUCACUUGUUCAAAAAAUAAUCUUUACUUUAUUGUGGGAUGAACAUUCUGAAGAUAUAAAGAAAUGUU